CCUCACAAGCCCCACCCCCACGAACUGGUGGGGAAAGACUGCAAACAUGGCUACUAUGAGGCAGACCUGCAGGAGAGACGAGUACACAGUUUUCAGAACCUGGGCAUUCAGUGUGUGAAGAAAGAGGAUGUGGCCGAGGCAGUUUCCUGUAGGCUGCAGACCCAAAACAACCCCUUCAACAUUCCUGAGGCGAACGUGUGGGAGGAGUUUGAUCUAAAUGCAGUGAGGCUGUGUUUCCAGGCCUUGAUCACUCUGCCUAGCGGGGAACUCUUCGCUCUAGAGCCCAUGGUGUCCCAGCCCAUCUAUGACAACAACCCCAGUAAUUGUAACAAAAUGAAUGCCUGAAACAACGACAGAAUUUACAGAAACCUCAUACAGGCUCCAGUGCUCCGAUGUAGGUCUGUUCCAGUGCAGUUUGACAGGGCAGGUGUUUCUGAUGGAGGGGGAGGUGCUGUACAAGACUGUCCAAUGGGACGAGAGUCUCCUGCAUUCUACAGGCCGGACUCAUGCAGGAGCCCUGUUCAGAUCCUCAGGGGUCUGUCCGUCAGCUACACCUCCCACACUGUGAGAUUGCCUCUGGUGAGUUACACACCACUUGAACUAUCAUAAAAAAUAAUCAAUACAAUGGCUAAAUGACACCUAGUGUUUUGUUGAUAUAUGUGUUUUGCUGGAGAUGGUCUUGGUUCCCUGUCUGUGGCUUAUGUGACUGGUGACAGUGUGGAGGUUUUAUCGCCGCUGAGGGUGACUGACACACACACAGUGGUAAACACCAGCAACCUCUCCUUAUGGGGCCUUGUCAGAAAGUACAUACGGGAAGCCCUGCUCUCAAUCAAGGGGCAGGUGUUGCCUUUCCAUCACUCCAAUCAGUUCUCAAUGUGAUCGUCCUGCCAUCAAAUGUACCACUUGAACAGGCGAAACGGCAACAGACAGGGAACACUUACGUAUAGGUCUGUUCGGACUGCAUUCUCACUCGAGGGGAAACAUACAGUCUGAAGACUGAAGAAGAUAACCCCUAAGCAUGUUCUAUAUGACUGCCACUACGGUCCAAACUACCAUCCAACCUUUUCAGGUGUUCCUGGAUGCAGAUACAAAGGAUAUGGAGCUAAGGCUUCU